AUAUGACAGCUAAUGAGCAAAAUAUUUUUUCUGCAAGUUGAGCAAAAUUGUUUGGAAUUUUUAUUCUCAUUUUAGCAAUAGCAGCACGUGCGUCCACAAAAUCGACAUAAGAGUGUACAUUAUAACUCCAAGAACAUUUGCAAGGCUGAAUUGCGAAAAAUUCGUCAGGCAUAAAAACAAAUACAAUAUUAUCUGUUUUGGUGUGUGUAUAUGUUAGCGCGGGAAAAGUGCAGGUUCAAGUAAGGUGUAGAAGUGUGAUUGCGGUUAUAUCGACGUGAUUAUAGCAUAAGCAGCAGGUUGUUGUAAAAAGACUUGGGGCCAAUAAUUGCAGAAAUAUAUAAGUAUUACGUGGAAGAAAGCUGUAAGAUGUUCUAUUUGAUCGGUUUGGGACUUGGCGACCCCACUGACAUUACAGUAAAGGGCCUUGAAAUUGUAAAACGCUGCGCGCGUGUGUACCUGGAAAUGUAUACUUCUAUACUUGGAUGUCCGCAAGAAGAGCUGGAAGCUUUCUAUGGCCGGCCGCUUUUACUAGCUGAUCGCGAUUUAGUAGAACAAGGUGCUGAUGAAAUACUGGCGGGUGCUGGUGAAGAAGAUGUUGCAUUAUUAGUAGUAGGUGACCCAUUCGGUGCCACUACACAUACUGAUUUUAUACUUCGCGCCAAAGAGAAAAAAGUACCUUAUAAAGUCAUUCAUAAUGCAUCCAUUAUGAAUGCAAUUGGAUGCUGUGGUCUACAGCUUUAUAAGUUUGGCGAAACUGUAUCGAUACCGUAUUGGGAUGAAACAUGGAAGCCUGAUAGUUUUUAUGAUAAAAUUAGGCUUAAUAGACUAAAUAACAUGCAUACUCUUUGCCUGCUUGAUAUCAAAGUCAAAGAGCCAACACCAGAAUCGCUUACGCGGCGACGAAAGGAAUACCAGCCGCCCCGUUUUAUGACCGUAGCUGAAGCUGCCCAACAAAUAAUGACAAUCGUAGACAAGAAAGACGCACUAGAACGAAAUACUAUUUUAAAUGAGAUGUCACUGUGCGUGGGUCUGGCGCGUGUUGGUCAUGAUAGCCAAAGAAUAGUUGUAAACACAUUGCGUAAAAUGACUCAAACCGACCUUGGUGCUCCUUUGCAUUCCUUAGUGAUACCUGCUAAGGAAAUACAUCCACUAGAAACGGAGUUCUUACAACAAUAUACCACAAUAAAAUUGGAGGACUACAAUCACUGAAAAGCUUUUAGGUAUAUAGAGUUUGAUAUCACAUAAGAGUUUAUUAAAGUUAUCACUUUUGCGAAUCAAAUUUAAAUUAAAAGUUUUUUUCUUUGUACCGAAGCUGUUCAUACGCUACAACAAUCAUACGCAGAUCCUCUUUAAUUGUAAUUAAAUAUAAGAAAGUCAAAUAAUGGAAUUCUAUUAAAUGGUAAU